CGCGCCCGUGCCCGGCCCCCGCCCGCGCCGCCGCGCCGCUCCGGAGCCCGCUGCGGUCACGCUGCGCCCGGCGCCGCGGGGUGGGCGGCGAGGCACUCACGAGGCGGGCGCUGAGGGCUUCCGCGCGGGCCACCCGGGUCCAGCGCGCUCCGCCGGGAACUUCUGCGGGCGCCGGGCUGGAGCUCCGGGCAGGGCUGGGAAGGAAAGAAAACCAAACAAGAACUACAUGAGACAGAAAAUAUAAACAAAAUUUGGAUCUCAGUUUCCAUAUUUGCAAAAUGAAGAGCUCUGGCUGAUCCCAGAUUCCAGGAAAUACCAAAAUAUUUGCAGACUGGAUCCAAAUCAGGAGCCCAGAUGAACUUAAAGAAGCGAGCAUGGGAUUCUUAGUUUUUCAAGAUCCGUACACACGAAGCCUUUAAUCAGCAUCAACUCCAGUGUCCGUUUUCUCUGGUUUUGUGAAGACUGCACAAAACUCUCACGAUGGAGAACCAAAGGACUUAGUUACCUGUUUCAGUGUCAUCUAAAGUCAACUGAAAAGUGAAGCAGGCAGUAAUACAGCCAUGGAAAGAAAUUCAAGUUUAUGGAAGAACCUAAUAGAUGAACACCCAGUCUGCACAACCUGGAAGCAAGAGGCCGAAGGAGCCAUUUAUCAUCUUGCCAGUAUUUUAUUUGUAGUAGGUUUCAUGGGUGGCAGUGGAUUCUUCGGGCUCCUUUAUGUCUUCAGUUUGCUGGGGUUGGGUUUUCUCUGUUCUGCUGUCUGGGCUUGGGUAGAUGUCUGUGCAGCCGACAUAUUUUCCUGGAAUUUUGUACUGUUUGUCAUCUGCUUCAUGCAAUUUGUUCAUAUUGCAUAUCAAGUUCGCAGCAUAACCUUUGCCCGAGAAUUCCAAGUGUUGUACAGCUCCCUUUUCCAGCCCCUGGGGAUCUCUUUGCCUGUCUUCAGAACGAUUGCUUUGAGCUCUGAAGUGGUUACUUUGGAAAAGGAACACUGUUAUGCCAUGCAGGGGAAAACUUCCAUUGAUAAACUCUCCUUGCUUGUUUCAGGAAGGAUCAGAGUGACAGUUGAUGGCGAAUUUCUGCAUUACAUUUUCCCCCUUCAGUUCCUGGAUUCUCCUGAGUGGGAUUCACUGAGACCCACAGAGGAAGGCAUUUUUCAGGUAACCCUCACUGCAGAAACUGAUUGUCGAUAUGUGUCUUGGAGGAGAAAGAAAUUGUAUCUGCUCUUUGCUCAGCAUCGUUACAUCUCCCGCCUGUUUUCAGUGCUAAUUGGCAGUGACAUUGCAGAUAAACUCUAUGCCUUGAAUGACAGGGUAUAUAUAGGAAAAAGAUAUCACUAUGAUAUUCGGCUACCCAACUUCUAUCAAAUGUCAACUCCAGAAAUACGCAGAUCACCCCUGACACAACAUUUUCAGAAUUCCAGACGAUACUGUGAUAAAUGACAUCAAAGUCUGAAAUUUAUAAGUAUAAAAAAAGACUCUCUCUUCAUCAUUCCCCAGUGAAAUAGCAAAAUACAAAAAAAGAGCUCCCUAAUGUUUUUAUAAAUCAAAUUCAGAAGCAAGAUGCCAUUGCCAACUGUUUUAUUCCUUUCAACAACUGCAUUGUGAAUAAACUUUACAAAUUUUUCUUGUA